AUGACCACGAACGUUUUCUACUUCAAGUUCACACCAGAAGUCAGCGGCAAUUUCUGGGCAGUUGUGGCAGACAACGCCGACGAGGGCUUCGUGACGGUUUGGAGCAUCAAAAGUAUGCAAUACGGACAGCCAGCUGCGGACUGCCGUCGGGACGGAAAGUUCGUGACUGGAGGCCUCGAAAACACCGAGGAGUUCCUCUUCUGCUACUUUGAAAGAGGUCCCACAACGUACAAGGUCUUCAUCUAUCUGGAGGACACGAAUGGUCAGGAAGACGGGAUUAUGGAAACCAUUGGAAUAAUUGUCCCAGGUUCUGCAGAGGUCAGCAACGAAUAUCUGGUCCGGCCAUAUCUGGUGGAGCCUGCCACGAUUCGUGGUGCAAAGGUCUAUUUCCAGGUCAGGAGGACUGGAUACGCGUGGGCAGGUCUUAUCGAAGAGUCUUCCUGGCUCACACGGAGAGCAGUCAACAAUUCCAAUGGCAACCAUGCGGACAGGCAGAGUAUCGAGAUCUACGAUAUCAUGUUCUUUGUUGACAUGGUGGGGUCGGACCAGUUCUGCUACUACAGCGCUGUUCCCAUCACUGCCAAUGCAGGCUACACCUGGGAGUUUCUGAACUGCGGACUGACGCCGGGCGUUCGCUAUCGCCUCUUCAUCUAUGUCAUUGGUGAGGAAUACUGGGACGUUGCCGUGGAUCCGGACGCAGUGUUCCGGUCCCCCUUCUGGAACCAGUGGCACCGAGACAAUGGCCGCGUGUCGAACGGUGUGCUCGUUGUGCCGCCGUUUUCCAACUCCUGGGCAUGGCCGGAUGGUGAGCCAUACAUCUCCAAAGGUCCCCACGGAAUGGGCCUAGACGUCACUUUUAGCACAGAGCGUCCGCAAGCCUUGGUGUGGGCGAUCGUCCAAGACGCGACGAGUACUAACUUCACCAUCAACGCGGUCAAGACAGCGCAGCUGGCAUGGGGUCCUGGAAGUUGUCGACAGAUGGGCGUCCCCGCACUCGAUGCCGCACAGUACACUUUGACGCUCUUCGGUUGCAGCCUGCUGCCGGCUCCGAAGCAGUAUGUUCUCAUUUUAUACACUGAAGAUCAAGCAGUGCAGAAUGACGGCACAUUGUCUGACCCGAUAUACUUCGAGGUGCCGGUGUCGAACGACUUCGUGAUUCCGCCGGCCGUGGUUGGGGAAGCGGGGCUGGACACCGGCAUAAGCCUGAGCUUCGAGGCGUCCUCUCCCGGAAGAGUCUGGCUGUAUCUUGCAACCGCAGCGCAAGCUGCUGCCGUGUCUGUGACGAUCCCGAACGUCAAAGAUGCGCUGAAUGCCUUCGAUGCCACGAACUGCAUGGUUGCCGGCCUUGAAAUCCCAGCAUCGCUACAGGUGAUCACACUGCCAAGUUGCCCGCUGGUCUAUUUGUCUUCUUACGUGGUCUACGUGUACGUUGAGGACAGCAACGACCACUUUGAUGGGACCCUUGCGACUCCACUGCCAAUCAACGUUGGUGCGUCCAACAGCUUUCAGGUGGAGCCUGCUUUGGUGUCCGUGCCUACGACCGACCAGGUGGACUUCAGAUUCACGCCUACGAAGAGUGGCCGCGCCUGGGUGGUCGUGACGCCGGCCGCCUCCCUUGUGGAGCCACCCACCAGGUCUCAUAUGAAGGCGAGCAUCGGAGCCGUCGGAGCGCUCUCGUGCAGAGUAGCCGGCUCGCAGAUCACACCGGUGGAGCAGACAUACGCAUUGACCGGCUGCAUGCUGGAUCCAGGACAAAUCUACGCGCUGUAUGCCUACGCCGAGUGGCAUGUAGAGGAUCAACGAGACCGUGGCGAUGGGACGCUAUCUCGGAUCGUGUUUGUCAAGGUUAUCAGGUCGAACAACUUUGCCGUUAGCCCAGUGCUGCUGACUACACCAACGCUGGAUGGCUUCGACGUGAGAUUCCAGGCCAUGGUCUCGGGCCGCGCUUGGGCCAUGGCUGUGGAUGCCAUCGGUGGAUCAGGCGUCACCUCGCUGUCGAUCCGAAGCCUCCAAGGAGCCUUGGGAGGAUCGAGCUGCCAAUUUCAAGACUUCGCUAUCGAUGCCGACCUCCAGGUUUGGAACUUCACGGACUGCAGGUUUCAGGAGAGUAAGACAUACAUGAUCUUCAUUUACAUUGAAGCCUGGCCAGCAGUGGAAGGUGACGGCACCCUUUCAGGUCCCAUGAUUGCCUCCUUCUUCGAUGCUUCGAAUGUCUCUGCAGACGACACAGACUCCGAGACAGGUGGAGAGGUCUUGACGGUCGAGGAGGUCCCCAUCGUCUCGAAUUG